AUGACGCGAGAAGAACUCCUUAAGGCUGUCGAGGCAGCUGAAGAAGAAAUAGCAGAAAACUCAGCAUCAAAACAUGCAUUAGGGGCUGCGGCUCAGGCGUUAGAUGAAAUUACACAAGUGGAAAUUCCGGAAUCUCUAUUCGAGACGCAAGCGGAAGCUACAUGGCGGCAGCAGGUGAGGGCGAGGGAAUUUCAGGGAGAAAAGGAUAAAAAGACCAGGAAUAAAGAAGAAUUUAUUAAGUGGAAAGAAGAAAAUAGGAAAGGAAUUGAAAAUAUUCUGAGGACGGCUUUCGCUAUUCAGGCAGUUUUCCAGAAAGAAAAUUUGAAAGUAGACGAAAUAAAACUCCAACGAGAUCUGGCGAAGGCGAUGCUGCAGACAAACGAGGAAGCGCCAGAGAUGGUUUCGAAGCAGCUCUACAAGAAGGCUCAGGCUGCUGCGGUUUACGAGUUUAUAUUAAAAAACGCAAAUGUUGAAUAUUACGUUGACGAUACUCCUGCAGAAAUCACUGUACAGCCAGAAGGCACCGGCAUUCCUCAGCAAGGAGUUCGUGCUUUCCCUAAAGGCGUCGACAUUGCAGAGUGGCAUAAGACGCGACAGGAAACGAUAGAAAGACGAAAUGAAUUAAAGGAAAAGGCGCAAAAAUUCUUCAUAGACCCGAAAACGCUUAAGAAAUUCGAUCAAAAUGACUCAAACAAACUCUAA